GGUUCAAUGAACAAGAAGAUUGUGCACUUGGUUGAUAUUGAUAUCUGCAACGCCAAGAGCAUUCUUCGAUGGGAAAAACCGACUCCUGGGCCUCAUGCCGUUCUUCUUGCAUUUACUUUACACGAUGACAAAUUCACGGACCAAACCAAAGAGAUUCUUGAAAAUUUGGAGUUUCUUGGAGAGAAAUUCUGGAAUCAUGUCGUCGUAGUAUGUUGUAGCUCAGAUGCAGUUGUAGCUCAGAGAAGCAUAUUGGAGUGGCUUCUUGAAAAAUGUGGACACAAAUGCUACAUUUGUGGCUCUGCACCAGAAACUACAGAGAGGAGGGAGCUUUCAGACAGGAUACAGAUGAUGAUCAGGAGUAAUAAUUCAAUGCAUCUGGUAUUACCAGACAUUUCAGAUGGAGAUUCUCAAUCCCCUUCAGGCAUUUUAAGGAGGCUAGAUCUGAAAGAUUAUUUGUUCACUCCCGAGGUCAUCAUUCAAGAGGGGCAAAGGAAAUACAGGUUACAGUGCAGCCAUGCAGGCUGGUUCCAUUGUGAGUUUACACAGAUUGGUUUUAACAUGGAGGGGGAAGGAGAGGUGCUGUACAGCACCGUUCUUCAGGACAACGACUGUCCAGUCCCUGCCAACUAUUCCCAAGCAGGACCUGUGUAUGAUAUCAAAUGUGUUCAGGGUGAGCUGUCUCAACUCAGACUACCUCACUGUGAGACCUCCAUUGAGGAUGCCUGCCACUUCAUGUCAGUUAUACAUAAUUCUAAUAAGAUUGUUGAUAUUCUGAAGCCUCAAAAUAGCACAAGCACACAUGUCACAGUGAGCAUCAAAGGAACAUCCAAGUUUUUUAUUUCCAAAAAGGAAAACUGGUUUACGGGUCAUUGGACUAAGAUGCUCGGCCAAGUGAUGCUAUUCUACCUACAGCCAGCACAUAGGCUGCAUGUGUUUCUACAACCCCGCAGUGUGGACCCCAGAGAAGUGGAAAAAAGUCAUAAAGAUUACACAUUAAUCCAAACAGUUUGUGAAUGCAUGCUGAAAUAUGAAUGUGUGUACAGCAUGUCCUGUGAUCCUGUUGCGGAACAUGGACUUUCAGAGACGCCAAAGAUACAACCAGUGGACACAAAACUUCAUUGCACGAAGCAGUGGAAACAUUACUAUCCAACAUUUGAUAUAAAGUUGCCAGAUGGUGUGAUGGAUGUGGGUUUACACCUCAAUAAGGAAAACCCCAAGGAAGGAAAGGUUGAAGUUGUAUGGAGUCGUGACAUAACACUGACAGACUAUACAGCAGAAAACAGCAGACUGAGCCUAUGAACAGAUGAGCGGUGUAAGCACAUAACCUAAAAACAAUCUUAGAUUUACAUUUGAAUCAGCUAGUAGCCUGUUUUAGAAUUGUAGUGGAACAAAUUAUUAGCUUCUAUUUUCUCUCAGAAACAUUUUAAUAUAUUGUAUAAAUUAAAUGUGUUGUUGACUACAGGUGUAUCCUUUCUGAAAACAACAAAGCUGAGCUUAUCCAAAGAGUGAGAAAUGUUAAUGUCAUUUUAGAUCACCUUGAUGACAUUAAUGCAAAUGAACAGGUAAAUAAAAUCAGAGCAAUGGCAACAUCUCUGGAAAAAAAUGAGGGACAUCUUUGAGAUCAUAGAAGGACAAGGUCUUUCGUCAGAAUGGAAGUUUUUCAGCUUGCUUUAGAAGGCAGAACCAGCUCUUAUGAAAGAUAUGAUUACAGACAACAACUAAGGCCACUAAUGCAUGUGAGAUGAACAAUGGAAAAACUGAACAGAAUAAAAUGUUUUAACUUGUUAUUUUCAAACUCUUGCUAUAAUACUGUAUGUCAAAGCAUGUGAUAUUGACCAGUGUAUCUGACAGUCUUUUAAUAUUUUUUGAGCUGUACUGCUUCUGUUAUAGUGAAUGUGAAAAUGUGAAAAUGUUUUGCGAUUCAAUGGGUUUGUCCAAUUUACGAUCACCUGUAAGGUAAAUAAUAGAAGUAGAAGUGACAUUUAGAAUAUAAUAUCUUUUAUUUACUAUUUCACUUCAAUAUAAAGAGGUGCUGUACUGUAGAUUAUCUUCAAAUUAUAA